CACCGUCAAGUCAACAUGUCUGAUAAAUACGACCACCAAAAGGAAGAGGAGUGGGGAUCAGGGGGCGGCGGCGGCGGCGGCGGUGGCGGCGGCGGCAGCGGUGGCGGCUCCACCACCCCCAGCGGCGGCAAUGGGGACAACAAGGACUAUGAUGGCCCCGCUGGCAUGGAUGUGGACGGCGUCAUUGAAUCCACAUGGACGGAGGUGGCCACGAGCUUCGAUGACAUGAACCUGGACGAAGCUCUCCUGAGAGGUAUCUACGCCUAUGGUUUUGAGAAGCCGUCGGCCAUCCAGCAGAGGGCCAUCAUGCCCUGCAUCAGGGGCCACGACGCCAUUGCUCAGGCACAGUCUGGCACGGGCAAAACGGCCACCUUCUCCAUCUCCAUCCUGCAGAGGAUUGACGUUAAGUCCAACGAGACGCAGGCGCUCAUCUUGGCCCCCACCAGGGAGUUGGCUCAGCAGAUCCAAAAAGUGGUGUUGGCGCUUGGCGACUAUAUGAACGUCAGCUGCCACGCCUGCAUUGGUGGCACCAACCUGCGGGAGGACAUGCGGCGCCUGGAGAUGGGCGUUCAGAUCAUCGUGGGCACGCCCGGCCGUGUGUACGACAUGAUCAACCGCAGAGUACUGAAUCCCAAACACAUAAAGAUGUUCGUGCUUGAUGAGGCUGACGAGAUGUUGUCGCGAGGGUUCAAGGACCAGAUCUACGAUGUGUUCCGCUUCCUGCCCAGCGAGGUGCAGGUGGUGCUCCUCUCUGCCACCAUGCCCGCCGACGUCAUGGAUGUCACCACUAAGUUCAUGCGUGACCCAAUCACCAUCUUGGUCAAGAAGGAGGAGCUCACCCUAGAAGGUAUCAAGCAGUUUUAUGUGAACGUUGAGAAAGAGGACUGGAAGCUGGAGACUCUGUGCGAUCUGUACGAGACUCUCACCAUCACUCAGGCUGUUAUCUUCUGCAACACGCGUAGGAAGGUGGACUGGCUCACCGACAAGAUGCACCAGAGGGAUUUCACGGUGUCCGCCAUGCACGGUGACAUGGACCAGAAGGAGCGAGAUGUUAUCAUGCGUGAGUUCCGCUCCGGUUCCUCCCGUGUGCUCAUUACGACUGACUUGCUGGCCCGAGGCAUUGACGUGCAGCAGGUGUCGCUGGUCAUCAACUAUGACCUGCCCACCAACAGGGAGAACUACAUCCAUAGGAUUGGUCGAGGCGGUCGCUUCGGUCGAAAGGGUGUGGCUAUCAACUUCGUGACCUCCGACGACACCAGAAUUCUCCAGGACAUUGAGGAACACUACCGGACCUCCAUUGAAGAGAUGCCCAUGAACGUGGCUGAUUUGAUUUAAUCUAGGUGAGAAAGUGGCAACAAUAAGGCCUCGGUUGUUGUUGCUUUGACCUGCGCUCUUUUGACAGUCGGUUGUUGUGGUGCACUCACUCACAUACACCCGCCUGCCUGCCGCUGCUGCUGUUGUUGCCCAAUCGAACGCUGGCCUAUCUUGAUCUUACCCCCCGAGAGCUUGGACACGCACAGUCUUGCCGCCCCGAGUCAGGAGCUGUGCCCGUGCCUGAGCCCGAGUCUGAGCCGUGUGUCUCCCAGAGUUGGCUUGGAGUCGAGCGAGUGUUCCGGGCGGACACUUGUCGUCACAUUUUGCCUGUCUAUUGAAAGAUAUCCAGGUGGUUUUCAUGGUUUCCAGUAGUAAUUAGCUCUAGCCCUAAGAAAUAUUAAAGGGGAUUCCCCUUGUUAUUUUAAUUUUUGUAAGGAAUAUUUAUACAUAGUGUGAAGGCAAAGAGAAAGAGGGACUCGACAGAACCGCCCUUAGUAGCGGCGGCACCCUGUCCCCCCUCCUACCAGCCUCCUCCUUCUUCCCUUUCCUCUUUCCCUCUUCCUCUUCUUCUUUCUCUUCCUCCUCCCCCGUCUUGGGCUUCCUCCUUAGCACCCCUGUACUGUUGGCCUUGCCGAUGCCUCUUUUUGUACUCCUCUCAACCUUUUACAUUCUCCUUCACGUUGUUGUCACAAGCAUGGGAAGUAAGUGCAGUUUUAAUCAGAAUUUAAAAAAGCAGAGUCAAGUAAAAGAAACUAAGGUUGAGUUCUUUAGAAACCUUAUAUCAUUAUGUUCUAUAUGUCUGAUGUGCUUAAGAAAGAUAGUUCUAGGUGUAUGGCAUGGUUAUUAUAUACAGAAGAGACGUCGCCGGAAAUCACUGUCUAUCAAUAUGUAUGAGAAGCUUUGGUGUAUUUAUUAAUAAAACUUGUAAACACCACACCGCCAUGCUUUCAUUGGUUCAUCUCUUGGUGCUUUUUCUCGGUUCCGUGUGUGGCCUAAUGCCCCGUCUUUGUACUUCCAGGUCAUGACAGCUGUGAUGAAAGGGUCAAUAAAACGGCAAGUCAGCGUACCCAUGGCAUUAUUA